GCCGUUGCCGUUGCGGGGAGGGUGGCGGCCGCGCUGUGGAGGCACUGGGCCGGGACUUGAAAGGCGCAGCUGUUGUUAACAAGACAACUACUGAAACAUGGUGGAUUACUAUGAAGUUCUGGGAGUGCAAAAGCAUGCCUCAGCAGAAGAUAUUAAAAAAGCGUACCGUAAAUUGGCAUUAAAAUGGCACCCUGAUAAAAAUCCAGACAAUAAAGAAGAGGCAGAACGGCAAUUUAAACAAGUAGCUGAGGCCUAUGAAGUUUUGUCAGAUGCUAAAAAACGUGACAUCUAUGACAGAUAUGGAAAAGAAGGCUUAAUAAACGGAGGUGGAGGUGGAAAUCAUCACGAUAAUCCAUUUGAAUUUGGAUUUACAUUCCGUAACCCAGAAGAUGUCUUUAGGGAGUUUUUUGGUGGAAGGGACCCCUUUUCAUUUGACUUCUUUGAAGACCCUUUUGAGGACUUCUUCGGGGGCAGGCGGGGUCCAAGGGGAAGCAGAAGCAGAGGUGGUGGAUCAUUUUUCUCUGCCUUUGGUGGAUUCCCUGCUUUUGGCAGUGGUUUUUCUUCAUUUGACACAGGUUUUACUUCGUUUGGUUCACUGGGACACGGAGGCCUUACUUCGUUCUCCUCCACGUCAUUUGGUGGCAGUGGGAUGGGUAACUUCAAAUCAGUAUCAACCUCAACAAAAAUAGUUAAUGGCAGAAAAAUUACUACAAAGAGAAUUGUUGAGAAUGGACAAGAGAGAGUAGAAGUUGAAGAAGAUGGCCAGUUAAGGUCGCUAACAAUAAAUGGUAAGGAGCAGCUGCUACGCUUGGAUAACAAGUAAUUCAACGCACGCAUUUAACAGAAAUUUUAAGCUAUAACAGCCACCAUUUGAGGAUUGACAGGAACAUUUUUUGAAGAUUUCAAACGAACUCAACUUUCUGUAUAUCCGUACUUAAGUAGUAUAAAUAGCUCACUGAAGCUCGUAUUUGUCAUAGACUUUUGAGUUAAUUGUUGGGACCACAUCAAUUGGACCAUUUUUUGUCCUUAAAAUUGUUGUAAAUUUCUGUAUGCACUUUUCUUUUUAUUAUAUAUGAUCAAGGUGAACCAUGAUCCUUCAGUAGUGCUAGGGCGAGAUGUACACUAACACUAGCAUGAAUCUUGCUUUUUACAAUUUGAAAUGUGAGCCAAGUAGUAGUUUAAGUCUGCUGUGAAGUUAACAUUUCCAGGAUAACCUUUUUAAUAAUUUCAGCUUUUUUUUAAAUGUUUAGUAGUGAACAAUGUUAAUACAUUUCUGGUAAUGCAUUUCUGGUUUAAAUAAAUUAAGGUUGUUUUCUAGUUGUGCAUGAAUGCAGACAAUUUAGUAAGUUUUGACAAAUGUUUAAAUGUGUAAUGUAAGCAAAAGGUAAACAAAAGUGAAGCCAGUGAGCUGAGUCUUUUGUCAUUUGCUAAAAAAAAAAAAAUUCAAAAUGAAUAAAUGCUGAUGUUUGUGGUGCAUUCUUUCAUGAAUGGCAUUUGUAACCUUCUUGUGUCUGUGUGUAAUUUGGGCAACUUGGGAAAACAGUGCUUUCCCCCCCUCCCCUUCCACCUUUUUCUUCAGUCUUAAGGAUGAGGGCCUUUUUUCUUUGCAGAUGUUUUCUUCAGUGUGUCUGAAAACAUGAUAUUUAAUUUCUUUUCUAAACCUGUAUUUGAAGCACCUACUUUUAAGAAGCAUUCAGAGGCUGACUCGCUAACUCCAUCUUUUGCCCUAGUACAUUAUUUUUUUGGUCUAGGCCUAAAGUAACUAUUUCUGUUUAAAAAAAGUUUUCUAAAGUUCUAAGUUCUGAGAUUGCUUCAAAAAAUAAUCUGUAGUGAACCUAAAUAUACAGGAAAAUAUUUAAUAAUUAAAAAAAGGCUUUCUGAAUGAUAAGAUUUUUUUUGCUUGUUUUGAGAACAAACUUAAUUGCUUUGAAGAAGAUUUGUACAAAAGUAUUAGCAUUACAAUAUCUCACUCUUACUUUUACUCAUCAACCAAAAACUUUGUUAAAUUAAUGGAGUGAAGCAAAGUGUUAAUUUGUAGCUAAGACUGGAUUUUCAAAGUUUAGUGGAAGAUGACUUGAUUUCUGUAUGUCAUAGAGAAAGCAUGCAAAUAACUAUUGGCAUGUGUUAACACCUGCCAGGCUCUGGGUCAUUUCAUGCAUAAAUCAUGGAUGUGCAGUUUUUAUCUGUGCACCAGCUUUGAACAUCUGGCCUUCACAAAAUUCUUUAAGGUGGCUUAGUGUUGUGGUUUUUUUUUUUUUUUUUAAAAAAAGCAUGGUGUUUUCAAAUGAUCACUUAAUGCCUUCUUGCUGAACACCAUCUGCUUUGUACUAACAAAUGCGUUGAUUAUUAAAUACAUCAAAAAGACUUGGUCUUGUUUAUUGUGCAGGAAAACCAAUUCAAAUUAACCCAAACCAACAAUCUAACAAACUGCAAAAACAGAAUUCAUAUUUGUAGCAAAGUUAAUAUUUCUUAUAUUUGUCCCUCUACCAUUAAUGCUAAUUUCAUAGAACCCAGCAAAAUAACAGGUAGAGGAAGAAAUAAAUACGUACUUUGCUUUUGGGACUACAGAAGUUAUGUACCUUUUCAAGUUCUUUGCAGAGUUCUUGUUACUUCGGUGUUGUGUUUUUGGUGUAGAAGCACAAACUCAGUUUAAAACUAAACAGUGUUUUCUUGUUAAUGCUGUUUUUUCCUUCCCCAUGUAUGUUCCUUCUUGAUCCAGGUAACUAAACAGACAAUUUAUUUCAAAAUCUGGCUUUGUUGUGAUGUCUCAAGUUAUUAAAAAUGUUAGUUUAUAUUUAUAGGACACAGUGUGCUCCUUUAAGUUUUAUGUAAACUGUAAAAAGUGCUUCAAAAUUGGUUAACCGAGUCAAAUAAAAUUAGGACAAUCUGGA